GCUGUCAUUCUCCGAGGUGGCUGGCCGCUUCCGGUGAGGACACGGUACUGCCAGUUCCCACGAGGCCAUCACAGAGGCAGAAGUGGAGUGGCCAGCAACAAGUCCUUUUUCCCGCGGCCGCAGGAGCCAUACUUGAAGGCGGCUAAGGGAGCACGGAGCACAAAGCGGAGACCGGAGCAGCGUUAAGUGACCUGUAAGGGGCGGGGUUUUACCUCAUAGAGGGCCCGCCCUGAUUACGUCACUUCCGUAAACAAAGGGUUCUGUGGAAGCGCGGGUGUCGGGCUGCAGACCGGGGCUGGCGACCUGGGCGCUUGCUGCUUCUGUGGCAGAGGCUCUGGACGCCCUCUGACCUUUUCCAGUUGAGAAACGGGAGAGCACAGCAUCUUCCUCGGGUCUUACGAAGCUGGUGUUGAUGCAACAAAGAACUUAAAACAAUGGAAGAACGGAAAGUGAAGAGGAAGAGUCCCAAGCCUUUCAGUGCCCACUCUACUCAGGUUGUUAAUGCCAAAAAAAAUGCCAUCCCAACUAGUAAAAGCACAGGGUUUUCAAAUCCUACAUCACAGUCAACUUCCCAGAGGCCAAGGUUAAAAAGAGUGAUGAAAGAAAAGAACAAACCUCAAGGAGGAGAAGGGAAGGGUCCUCAAUCCACUCCCAUCCAGCACUCCUUCCUCACAGAUGUCUCUGAUGUCCAGGAGAUGGAGCGUGGGCUCCUUAGUCUGCUGAAUGAUUUCCACUCUGGAAAGCUUCAGGCAUUUGGAAAUGAGUGUUCCAUAGAACAGAUGGAACAUGUCCGGGGAAUGCAGGAGAAAUUAGCUCGCUUGAAUUUGGAGCUCUACGGGGAGUUAGAGGAACUUCCGGAGGAUAAGCGGAAAGCGGCCAGUGAUGCCAACCUGGACAGGCUUCUGUCUGAUUUAGAAGAAUUGAAUUCUUCUAUACAGAAACUGCAUUUGGCAGAUGCGCAGGAUGUUCCCAAUACAUCUACCAGCUGAAGCAGCCUGCAGCCUGCUCUGUGGGAUUUGCAGAGAAGCAGCAGUCAUUGCUGUUCCAGCUGAAUCCAAUGGCAGAAUCACCUUCCACAACAAAAUUCAAGUAAUGAAACUGCAAGUGCGAUGAUUCUGUUCACAUGCCGCUUCUAGUCGCUGUGCUUGCUGUAAUUCACCGCUGGGGAGGCCUUGGCCUGGCUGCAGGUCUGAUCAGGAAGUGGGAUACAGAGUUGUGCUGCUGUGCUUUCUUCUGUUGCCUUAAGGGUUAUACUUGAAAUGCAUUGUGCUAAAUAUUCCGUGGGGCUGAAGGAUUUAUCCUUCCUGCUGUCACCGCACUGACCCAGUGUGGGUCACAUGUUGGUGAUGUACAGGUCUCCUGUGGCAGCCUACCUUGAGUUUACGUCAGACAAUCAGUACACAUGAGGUGUGUUUCCCAAUGGCCAAUGAAAAAUGUUUAAUAAGUAUUUGUGAGAUUUGCUAUUUUUAAUAAAGUGAUUGUUUUAAACGAU